UUGAUUCACCACGAGAAGAGGAAAUUCUCCCGGACGUUCAACCCGGGAAAGAAAAAAAACCUUUUAUUAUACAACACGAACGCCGAGUGCUGUGACUUCACCUAAUUUCGGCAACCAACCUGCUUUCUGCGUUCAAGACGAGCCCCCAUAAGCCCCGUUACAUUGCCUUAAGAGAGUCCCAAUAUUCAUUCGCCUCACAGACGGCGAAUCGUCUGCCUGCACCAGAUAGCUACAAACAACCCAAAGUUGUUUUACCUGCUGCCCCACAUUUGCCGUAAUUUUUAAACUCUCAACGAGCUACAUACGUUUCAAUCAGAUUCACUGAAAGAUGGCGGAGGGACAUCAAGCUGUUGCCUUCUCGUUUGCCAUCACCCAUGAAGGUUUGGACGUCAACUUUGACUUUGAGGUCAUUAGGCUUAUUGCCAGAAGUGCUGUUCGCUCAUGGAGGAAGAGGGGACUUCGUUUUCAGACAAACCUCAAGUCCAACUUUUUCCCAGGUUCUCUUCGCUCCCUGGUUAUGACUGAGGCUGUUUUUAUUGGUGCAGAAAAGUCAGGAUAUGAUUUGACAUGUGGACUAACUGAUAAGCUAAUUGUCCACUUCCCCAAGAAUUCUGUCGAAUAUCGGGUGCUGUGUUCAGCCAUUCUAGGUCUUGCCGGCUGGGCUGGAGUCAUUUUUUCGCUGAGGCAAUUGAUGGGUUUGUUGCUCAAGUAUCAUGGAUGGAUGUACGAAGAAAGAGGUGCCGGUAGACAAGUCAGUUUACCUACUCGAGCCUGGUUUUUGGCCAUGCAACCAUUCUUCCGCCUCUUCCAACCGCAGCUCUACUCGUUUCAAGGCAUGUUGCCCACUCUUCCCGUUCCGUCACUGUCUUCCACUCGUGAAAAGUAUUUGAGAAGUGUCCGGCCGCUGCUGGAUGACGCCCAGUACUCCCGCAUGGAAAAGUUGUCACUGGAAUUUGUUCGUGGUAUUGGACAAAAGCUGCAGCGCUAUCUUUUCUUGAAGCGAAUGUGGUCAACCAAUUACGUUUCCGAUUGGUGGGAGGAAUACGUUUACUUGCGUGGCCGUUCUCCCAUCAUGGUCAACUCCAAUUUUUACGGAAUAGACACUCUUUUCAAGCAUCCGACCAGAAAUCCGGCGGCCCGUGCAGCCAACAUCAUUUACGAAGCUUUGCUCUUCCGUCGAGCUAUCGAACGCUCAGAGCUGGAACCCAUCAUGGUCCAGGGAACGGUGCCGCUGUGCUCAUUUCAGUACGAGCGCGUCUUCAACACGACCCGAGCUCCCGGGAUCGAAACGGAUCGCAUCAUCCACUUGGACGAUUCGACUCACAUCGCCGUCUAUUGCCACGGCAAAUAUUUUAAAGUCCCCCUGUACUACAAGGGCCGUUUGCUCCGUCCUUGCGAGCUGGAAAUUUCGCUGCAGAAGGUCCUCGAUGACGUGUCUGCUAUCCAGCCGGGCGAGGAGAAAUUGGCGGCCUUGACUGCCGGUGACCGCAUCCCAUGGGCCAAGUGCCGACAGGAAUUUUUCUCCAAAGGAUUGAACAAAGUUUCUUUGUCCGUCGUCGAAGGCGCUGCCUUUAUGGUGUCGUUUGACGACGACGAUUUCAACUUUGAUCCGGAUGAUCACACCCAACUGGACAAAUUCGGUGCGACGUUGCUCCACGGCAAGGGUUACGACCGUUGGUUUGACAAGUCAUUCACGCUGGUCAUAGGGAAAAAUGGACGCGUUGGAUUUAAUGCGGAACACUCUUGGGCGGACGCGCCCGUCAUGGGCCACCUAUGGGAGUAUUGCUUAUUCUCCGCUGAAACGGCGCAAACUGGAUACAAGGAGGAUGGCCACUGCAAGGGCGUCCCGGAAUGCACUCCGCCUACGCCCAUCCGACUUAAAUGGGAAAUGCCCGAGGCCUGUAUCGAGAAGAUUGAAACGAGUUAUCAGGUGGCCUUGGCGCUUCUGAACGACGUCGAUUUGCGCCUGUUGGCUCAUUCGGCUUUCGGCAAGGGCCUUAUGAAGAAAUGCCGCAUCAGUCCGGACGCUUACAUCCAAAUGGCCCUCCAAUUGGCCUAUUAUCGGGACGCCAACAGGUUCAGUUUGACUUACGAGGCGAGUAUGACUCGUUUGUUCCGCGAAGGCCGCACGGAAACUGUCCGUCCGUGUACGAUCGAGUCGAGCCAGUGGGUCAAGGCGAUGAUGGAUGAAUCCGUCAGCAAGGAGGAGCGGAUCCGGUUGCUGCGAUUGGCUUGCGGCCAGCACCAGCGAGGCUAUCAGGACGCCAUGUGCGGCAAAGGGAUCGAUCGUCACUUGUUUUGCCUCUACGUCGUCUCCAAAUAUCUGGAAGUGGAUUCGCCCUUCCUCAAGGAGGUUCUCAGCGAGCCGUGGAGAUUGUCGACGUCGCAGACGCCGCACGGGCAGACCUCGAAAUUGGACCUGGCCAAACACCCCGACUGCAUCUCGGCCGGAGGCGGGUUCGGACCCGUGGCCGAUGACGGCUACGGAGUCUCUUACAUCAUCGCCGGCGAAAACUUGAUUUUCUUCCACAUUUCGUCCAAACGAUCCUCGCCAGAGACGGAUUCGAACCGGUUUGCCCAGCAAAUCACCAAGGCGCUGUCUGACAUCAAGGAAUUGUUUGGCCUGUAAAAGAGAAACCAGAAGAGACACACACGACACACACAACAUCGUGUGAAUCUAUGCACUCUUUGAGUAGAAUUUUUAUUUUUAAAAAAUCAUUUUACGAAAAACAAAACUUGUCAAACCCCCAUAAAAAAGUUGAUCAACUUCACACACACACACAAUCAAACCAAAAAGGGUUCACAGAAUGAUUCAGGAGAGACAACAAUGCAAAUCUUUUUAGACGAUGAUAAAAUAAUUAGUAACAAAGGUUUUAUAAGUUUUAAAAAUGGUAAAAUAAAAAAAUACAAAUUAAACUAAUUCA